AUGCAUCACGAAUCACCCGAUCCAAUUGACUGCCCAGAAGGAGGUCUCAUUGGUAACCUCGUUGUCGCAGGUGGCUUCAGCGCUAUUAUGGGCGGACUCGGCUUGAUGAAUAGCAUCGGUAUCUACCAAGCCUGGAUCUCAACACAUCAACUCUCAGACAUCAGCGAAGGACAAAUUGGCUGGAUUUUCGGUAUAUACAACUUCCUUGUAUUCUUCUGCGGGAUCCAGAUCGGGCCAAUUUUCGAUAUCAAAGGGCCAAGGCUGCUCAUGUGGAUCGGGUCAAGUCUGCUUGUACUGACUUUCAUUCUCAUGGGUUUCUGCACUGAGUACUGGCAUUUCCUCAUUGUUAUCGGAAUCCUGGGUGGGACGGGUACAUCUUUCAUAUUCAUUGUACCCGUCGCAAGCAUUGGCCAUUUCUUCGUCAAACGCAGAGGCGCAGCAACCGGUCUCGCAUUGGCUGGGGGUAGUAUCGGCGGCGUAAUCUUCCCUUUGGUAUUGCUGUACCUCGCGCCACAGAUUGGAUUUGCCUGGGCUAGUCGGGUUGUCGGUCUCAUCACCUUGAUCCUUUUGAUCCCGGGCUGUCUUCUAGUCCGAGCGAACUUCCCUCCCGGACCCCGAUUGGCUCCAUCGCUCAAGUCAUUCCUUCCCGAUCUCACCAUCCUCAAAGACCCAGUCCUCGCUCUGACGACACUUGGAGUUUUCUUCAUUGAAUGGGGCUUCUUCGUUCCACUCGAGUACGUUGCCUCGUAUGCAAUUGCGAGCGGGAUCUCCACCAAUCUAUCCUAUUUGAUGGUCGUCUUUUUGAACGCGGGUUCUUUUCCCGGUCGUUGGCUGCCGGGGAUUGUGGCUGAUCGCAUCGGUCGGUUCAACACAUUGAUCCUGACAAACAUUCUUUGUUUGAUUUCAGUUCUGGGUAUUUGGAUGCCCGCAGAUGGAAAUCUUGUUGCUACAGUGAUAUUCUCUAUUGUGUUUGGAUUCGCCAGUGGGAGCAAUAUCAGUCUUGUGCCAGUCUGUGUGGGGGAGCUAUGUCCUGUCGAGAAUUAUGGAAGAUAUUAUACCACUGUGUAUACCAUUGUUAGUUUUGGGGCAUUGACUGGCGUCCCGAUUGCCGGAGAGAUUAUACAUGUCUGUGGCGGACAGUACUGGGGACUGAUUGCGUUUGCUGGAUGUUCAGGCAAAGUGCUGGGAAAGGUUGAGGCGAGUGCUGAGUUCUGA